GAAACUGUAACUUUGUGAAUUUGUGGAGAAAUUUGAGCAAAUCGGUGAGAAAUGCAACCUUACCGAAGCGUCAGGGAAGACGAAGCGCGCAAGAGAUUCGACGUUUCUUUGAAAUCAUGAGGAAGAAGAGCUCGACAGUGGCAUGAAAUAAUUUACUUUUUCAAUAUAGUUUGUAGUCUAUGAUGCAAAGACUGUACGUUUAAAAGAGAAGAGGGAGGGUAAAGAGAAGAUGGCAAUAGCAGCUUACAAACUAAGGCUCACAGCAGUGCUGUCAGAGUGUUUCCACGAUUUAUUUGUAGUUUAAUUUAUUAUGAUGCUGUUUGAUUUUGUGUUAGGGUGUAUCUGAGUGUAGUAACCUUUAAAAUAGAAGAACGUGUGUACUGUGGCAGAAACAUCCCCAUUUACCAUCAGCGGUGGAAGAAACACUGAAAUCUUCUUUCUGAAGAUGCCACACCUAAAUAACUUCUUUAUCCGUCUUACAUCACUCAAAAAAAAAGCAAGCAGGCAGUGUAAGGUUGAACGAACGAGCAUGUUCAACGUGUAGCAUCAGGACAGAAUGUGUGACCGCGUAAUUAAGCAAAUGUCUGAUUCCAGGGUGUCCUCGGUCAUCCAGGAGUGGGUGAGCUCCUUCCCAGGUCAGGUGCACAGCCAGACCCUCAAUUCUGUUGCUUCCAACUCGGCUGCUUCCACCAAUCAGAUGACGCAGAUGGACAUGAUCUCGUACGGCCAGUCUCAGGGGAUGAUAAGGGGGGGUGGCGAUGACAGAGGGGCCGAGCAGAUGAUGGGACUAUCGUAUCUGCCGUACCCGCCGUCCUGCCUUGGCAGCGCCGCCAGCCCGGUGAGCACAAACCACCACCAGAGCCACGCCAGUACUCAGCAGGACUUCUCCCCCUUCCUCCUGCCCACUCUGCGGGCCCCGGUGACCAAGAGGAGCAUCAGCAAGGAUAGCGCAGAGUACCGCCUGAGGCGUGAGAGAAACAACAUCGCGGUGAGGAAGAGCAGGGACAAAGCCCGCAGGAGGAUCCUGAUGACCCAGCAGAGGGCCGGCCAGCUGCAGGAGGAAAACCAGAAGCUGCAGAUGAGGAUAGCACAGCUGACACAGGAGCUGGACACUCUGAAACACAUCCUGUCACAGCGGCACCUGCAGGCAGCCGAGGAGGGAGCAGCCGGGCAGUCCAGCAUCUGAGCACAGCCCGAAGCCUCGUUUGUACCUGAUGUUAACGCCUGAUUACAGGCUUCACAGUGUGCCUCAGUAAGGCAUGCGAGAGUCACCGUGAAGCACCUGUUCGAGCAUUUUCACCAACAAACAUUUGUGAUCAUGACAAAGUCACUUAGAGGAGGUAAUGCUGGGUAUAAAAGUGGUUAACUGUAGUUUUAUAUUGUAAAGGAAACCAUAGCUUACUGGCAGUGUUGUAGCUACUAUUUAGUACACCGAUGUCCACAUUUUUAAUUGUUCUCUUACCCCCAAACUUUACAUUUCUGCACCUCACAUGUUGAGCGUAAAAGAUUCAAAAUGGCAAAAUGAACACUUCCAAUCUGCUGAGAGCUUUGAUACACUCUGACACAUUCAGGGUCACACAAAAGGAGAACUGCACUAAAUGUAGCUUCUCAUGACAAGCACCCAAGAUUAUCUGCUGAAGUAGACUAACGCCUUCAGACAACUCGUUUUGUGAUAUAUAAAUAAAAUGAACUGAAGUGAAUUAUAAUGACUGCUGCAGGAGGUGGGCUUUAUGAUCUGUAUGUAACUAAUGCUAACCUGCUAACCUGAUGCUACUGUUAAAGUGCAUCCUGUCGUACUCUUGGUAGCUAAGCUAAGCGUUAGUUAGCUAAACCUUACCAAACCUUUGCUUUAAAAUGAGAGUUUAUGGGGUUGUAAAGGCUAAUAAUGAUAAUAAUGAUAAUAAUAACAACAAUAAUAUUAUAGUCAAAGGAGCUUGGAAAGAAAAGCGUCUGGACUUCUUUAAGUUGC